GACUCUGAAGAGGCUCAGAGAGACAGACCGACUGACUCUGAAGUGGCUCAGAGAGACAGACCGACUGACUCUGCUGCUCCAGUGAUGCUCAAGUCUACGCUGUGAUGCUCCAGGAGCCUUCUCUUCACUGACAUGAGGAAAGCUUCUCUCAACCCCUGACUGAAGGACUGACCCCAGGGUUGCGAUCAGAGCAGUGGCGGAUACUGACAACACAUAGCAGGUCUUAAAAGGAGUUCUAUACAGUCCUUCUAGAUAUGAGACUGUAGAAUUCUCUUGACUUCUGACUGUCAGGGCAUGGAACUCUUAACGGCCCCGUUAAAAGGACUUUGAGUACAGAUUCUGUAGAUCUGCGGUCAGACUCUUAAGAAGUAAUUGUUUUCUUCUGUUGAUUCUGACUGUUUGUCCGUGCGCUCGGUGGAAGCCCCCGGAACGUUUCUCAUGGCUUGCUACUACAUCGUCAUCAGCUCUACUCACCUCAGCAACGGACACUUCAGGAACGUCAAGGGAGUUUUCCGCGGCCCCCUCAGCAAGAAUGGCAACAAGAACUUGGACUAUGCGGAGAAGGAGAGGUCGACGACCAUGGCCAAAGCCUUGGAGGACCUGAAGGCCAACUUCUACUGUGGUCUGUGUGACAAGCAGUACCGCAAGCACCAGGAGUUUGACAACCACAUCAACUCUUAUGACCACGCUCACAAACAGAGGCUGAAGGAGCUGAAGCAGAGAGAGUUUGCCCGGAACGUGACCUCUAAGACCAGGAAGGAUGAGCGGAAACAGGAGAGAGCACUCCGGCGGAUACAUGAACUGGCCGAACAACGUAGAGAGGUCCAAUGCGCUCCAGGCAGUGGCCCCAAGUUCAAGUCAACUACGGUGGCAGUGGAGGGCAGUUUCAGAGACAGCUGUACCGAUGGACCUUCAGAGGAGACCAACAACUCCACAGUGCUGGAGACAGGGACCCACACCCACAGCCACACCAGCGCCAGCACUGGUCUGGCCACCAACAGCAAGACCCAGAAAACACUCUACUGGCCUUACACAGGAAAGGCCAAGAAACAGACUUACAACAAGCAUAAAAUAGCAUUCUCAUUCUCCUUCCCAAAGAAAGCAUCCGUGAAGCUGAAAUCUUCAGCCUCCGUGUUCUGUGAGAACACAGAGGAGGGUUCCAAAGAAUGCAUCAGAAGACAGAAGCUCAGAAUGCCCCUUGUUGCGCUGAACAUUCCGGACUCUCCCGCUGCAGAGGAAAAGGGACUGUGUCAUGGGACUGUGAAGGCUAUUGGCACUCAGCCUGGUGAUCUCAGCCCAAACAGUGUUCGUUUUAGUCAGGGGAGCCAGAGGUCAUCAGAUGCACUAGCCAGGUCUGACAUCCCCAUGCCACCACUGGCCUCACAUCUGUGUUCUGUGCUAGUUAACUCUGAGGAUAUGGCCAGACCUUAUAUGUCCUCUGUCUCCCAAUUACCUGCCUCCCCUUGUCACAUUCCCCCAGACGACCCAGACACAGUACUAGAUACACAGAACUCUGAGGAAACUCAGAGAAACAGCCCAACAGAGGCUGAGCCGGAAACAAGCAAACACCAACAAGCUCAUAAAGUAGAGGAGAGCGUCUGGGGGGAAGAGGACUCCUCCAUUAGCAGUUCCUCUUCUGAGGUCAUCCCCGGUUCUGAUGGUCCCCCUGAGAACCAGUCCUCCUCCUCUCAGUCCUCUCAGUCCUCUCAGUCCUCUCCGUGUCCUGGGACUGUGAGCGAGGAAGAGAAAGAAGAAGACAUUCCGGUAGUGAAGACCCUGUCGUGUCUUUUCACCAAGCCCAGCCAACCGUUCUUCUCUGUGCUCAGCAGAGAUGGAAACACUGUUCUCCAGUGGCCUUCAGAGAUGCUGACCUUCACCAGGACAGAGCCCCGUCUCACCUACAGCUGCAACCCCCUCCAUUUUGACUUUAGGGCCUCGCAGCAGUGGCAGAGCAGGGCGAAGGUUAGUGUUGGUGACAGUCAGAGUAAGUUAUCUGUGGCUUGGUGUAUCAGCUCAACCUCUGUCUGCGCUGAGGAACCAACAGAUGUUGACAACAAGCACAACAACAAAGCCUACUCUGGCCCAGACCAUCAUAGCCCUAUCAGAGACGACAGGGAGGAUUGUCUCAUAUGUGAGCACCACAUGAGUGACACAGACUCAGAAAGCUGCAGCUUGCGUCCUCAGAGACACAGCAGAGUCUACAGCAGAGGGGGAUAUAGUGGGCACUCCAAAGGUAGGACUCAUUCCGGCAAGAGAGCAGCAGGCGGCGAGAAAUGGAAAUCCAGAGACAGGCACCAUUACAGGAGCCACAAGAAGAAGGGGAGGAGGAGGAGGAGGAGAGGAGGGGAGGAUGAGGAAGAAGAGGAGUUGCGCAGAGAGAGAGAGACGGAGAGGGAGAGGGAGACGGAUGGAGGGUUGGAGAGCAAUGCAGAGAAAUGCAACAAAUUCCAGAGACGGUCUGAGUGUUGGGAAGGACUUGAUAGCCAAUUUAGAGGCCCCACUUCACAGCAAGUGCAGCCAUUAGGGAAGUUAAAGCAUCCAAUCGGCAGUGGAUGCGCUGCUCCCUUCGCCGCCGAGGACAGGGAGAGGGAGAGUCACAAUGUUCACAUGGCAGAACCUCCUGUAGGUCACAGUGUUCACAUGGCAGAACCUCCUGUAGGUCACAGUGUUCACAUGGCAGAACCUCCUGUAGGUCACAGUGUUCACAUGGCAGAACCUCCUGUAGGUCACAGUGUUCACAUGGCAGAACCUCCUGUAGGUCACAGUGUUCACAUGGCAGAACCUCCUGUAGGUCACAGUGUUCACAUGGCAGAACCUCCUCUGGAUGUGCUGUCUGGUGGCAGAUGUAAGCUGAACGUCCAGAGUGAGAAUCUAGUGAAAACAGCCGUAGAAUACCCUGUGCUAAAAGGUCCACUUGCCAGCUGUAGUGCCCUGAGUCAGCCGGCUGUAGAGCACAGCUGUAGUGCCCUGAGUCAGCCGGCUGUAGAGCACAGCUGUAGUGCCCUGAGUCAGCCGGCUGUAGAGCACAGCUGUAGUGCCCUGAGUCAGCCGGCUAGGCACAGCUGUAGUGCCCUGAGUCAGCCGGCUGUAGAGCACAGCUGUAGUGCCCUGAGUCAGCCGGCUGUAGAGCACAGCUGUAGUGCCCUGAGUCAGCCGGCUGUAGAGCACAGCUGUAGUGCCCUGAGUCAGCCGGCUGUAGAGCACAGCAGUAAGUCAAUGGGAGGCUCUCCUCUGCUCCAGAUUCAGAACAACGUUCCCAGCGUGAAAGAAGACUGUUCCUCCUCUCUCUCUCAACCUGGGCCUGUAAGAGAUCCCCCAAAUCCCCCAGAAAUAAUUGGUAUUACUAAUGAAAACAAAAACAUCCCAAACUCUCCCACUGUUUCUUUCCCGAUCAUGGUACAUCAUCUAGGAAUGGGCAACAAUGGACAAGAUUGCAUAACAAGGCAAACAGUGGCAGUGGCUGCCCAGGUCAGUCAACUGGGUGUGAGAGAGAUUAUCCCCACAUCCAUCCCACCGAUGUUUCACACACAGAAGGUGAGCCUGGACAAGUCGCGUCAACACAGUACCCAGAGCCACCCCCACCACCAGGAGUGCCACAGCCCCCAGCCUACCCAGCUUCAGAGGUUUCAUCCUGGGGUUAGGGUUCAGGACGAGAGGGAGGUCGUGGAGAGCCUGAGAUCCGGAGGUACUAACGUCACAGCUGGCCCCUACCACAAUCACAGACCACCAUGUUUCCAUCCGCAGCACCCGUCUGACGUUAUGGAGAAACAUCGCUGUCUCGUUCAGAUCCAGACCCACGGGCACAUCCUCCACCACCAUCAGCAACAUCGGGUGUUCCCUGGAAAGAUGAAGCCUGUCCUGUCUGGGUCUCCUGUCCCCAUGUCCCCCUCCUGUCCUCCCAUGCUCCACCCUGUCCACCUUUCUCCAUCCCACAUGUCCCCCAUGCCGACCGGGUCCAUCACUAUCCGACACACCAUCCUCCACCACCAACAUCACCACCAUACAGCCUUCCUCCCUCCUCACCCCCAACCAACUCUCUUACCCCAGGUUCUUCCAGUCCCAGUCAGCCGCCUGCGUAUGGGGGCAGAAAUGUGUCCCUCUGGCCCCUACCCGCCUCCCUUUGUGACCUCACCAUCGCAGCUCUCGGUAAUGGCCCCGCCCAGUUUACACCACCACCCAAUGGCGGUGACAUUCCACACCAUGCCCCGCCCAGCCAUGUUCCCCUCCAUGCUGCAGCCACACCCACAUCCUACCGUCAUCCCUCUACAGCCCAUGUUUUGAUGACAUCACAUCCCACUGUCAUCCCUCUACAGCCCAUGUUUUGAUGACAUCACAUCCCACUGUCAUCCCUCUACAGCCCAUGUUUUGAUGACAUCACAUCCCACUGUCAUCCCUCUACAGCCCAUGUUUUGAUGACAUCUCAUCCACUGUCAUCCCUCUACAGCCCAUGUUUUAAUGACAUCACACCACACUGUCAUCCCUCUACAGCCCAUGAUUUGAUGACAUCACACCACACUGUCAUCCCUCUACAGCCCAUGUUUUGAUAAUGUCAUCCCCUAACAUGCCACUGCAGCUUUCAAUCAUCUUUUGUGUUGUUUUACUGACAACUCUUAUUUCAUUUGGGGUGCGAAAGCAACAAAAAAAAAGUUACUGAGAAUUGAACCUAGUAGGUAAAGUAGUAUUUUCUUCAUGUAACAUCCAAACCUGCUUUAGCGAUGAAACGGCUUAUGUAGUAGCCUAUUCAGAGUGAUAAGUGAUUUUCAUUCAUACUGUAUUAGCCAGAAAUAUUUCCUUUUAGAAUGACAAUCAAGCAAAACUGAAGAAUUAGGACGUGUGCACAUUAAAACCAGUCUGAAGCAGAUUCAUUAUUAGAGUUAUUCUCUGGACUGUAUUUUUGCCGGUAGAUGUGAAGCGCUUCAAUAGUCUACCUUUAGGGCAUUACUGCAAAACUAGUUCAAUUAAACAUGAACAGAAGCACAACCAGUGUUUAGUGCGUCAGUACGUGUGGAUGAUUUUCACCCUACAUCCAUUGUGUUUUCCUAAAGAAUGACAAUUCAUUCGUGUAACACUCUGUUGUACAGCAUCCCUCUGUAGGUUUCAGCCACAGCCAAUAAACCUUUAUUUUGGAAAGUAGAGUAUGCAUUGAAAGAACAGGUCUGAGCUGUGGUUGUCCUAAUAUGGACAAGGUAGGGUUACAUGUCUCACGAGUUAGAUUUUAUACAUUAGAUCAAAAAAAAAAGUGACCGUGUCUUUAUAAUCACACAGCCCUGAUUGAUUCUGUACUUAAACCUGCUUACCAAGUGGUUACAGUGCUCUCCAUAGAACUUCUCCAUGUAAUGCAGUAGAUACGACCUGUUGCUGGGGUAAAAACUGUUCUACCACUCUGCAACUAAUUCCACUUGCUUUGAGAAAUUUGUACACGUUGUAAAUUAGCCAUAUUUUUUAUCCACUUGCAGGAUUUACUGUAAGAUACAGUUCUGAUUUUAUAGUGCAGGUUACCCUUAUGUGUUGUCAUCAUUAUUUACAUAAAACUAUGUUUUUACUUACAUUUUGCCAACAGAAUGACGUUCAAAUCAAUGAAAUAAAAA